AUGAGCACCGCGGAUCCUGCGGGAUCGACCCCUCCUCCCGGAUUGGAGUGGCUCCGCGAAUGGGCAGGCAAAUACACGAGCUGCAUGAUAGUCGAGCACCUUCGUGGCCAGAGCGAUGUCCCGUACGACCAGCUCGAAUGGUUCAUCCAGACGGGCCUCGGUUGGGACAAGCUCUCCGGAUGGGAGAGAUCGAUCGGCCUGGUGGACACUUGGAUGCAGAUGACCGACGACGAGCAAACCCGCUUGGUGCAUUUGGUCAAAUUCGCGCGUGGCUAUUAG